CACACAUUCCCCAGUGAGAAAGAGCUAAAGACUGAACCCAGUGUUUCCAAUCUGGUUUUACCUGAGCAAGUAGCACACCUGGAAUCCGGAGAGCCUUUCCGAGCAGCAGUAUGAGUGAAUCAGCAGAGGCUUUGGCAGCUAACCUCAAAAGCCGAAGAAAUGUCACCAUUGAGAUCUCCAACAUCACCAACAACUACUGCCUAGUGGACCCCAAGGUUUACUUGGAGAGCGGCAACUGCCACAGCCCACCCCAACCCACCGUGCGCCCACUGAAAACCGAAGUGUGCAACUUCAGCAAGACAACCGCCAAAGCCACCGGCGCAGUGGGCGUCCUGACCUACGACCUGUUUGAGAGGCAGAGCAACUGCGCCAAAGAGAAAGUAGCUAUAAUGUUCUCCGUGCCCUAUGACCAAAACAUGUACAAGAACUGGGUGGGCGUGGGAAUCUACGAGGUGGGAAAAGAGUGCAACGAGAGUCUGUACAAAGAGAUGUAUUACAACAAAGAGCAAGUGGGCUUUGUGCGGGCUGAGGCCAAAGGCUGCGGUCUCACGUACCAGGGCAAGAACCUGGACAUCAUGUGCACCAUGUCCCCUCUGGGCAGGGCCAUUCUGAAGGUGGAGAUCUGGGACAAGGUCUUUGCUCAAAUGACACAACAGUCUUACUAAGCUGGUGAGGAAUGUUUGUCAGAGUAAUGCAGUUUGACACACCGGUGUGUAGUGUUACAUGUGUUGUACCAUCUUUUCAUAAAUAAAUACAUAAUGAGUCCGAUAUGACAAAACUUGUGUCUUAGUGAUCAUUACAAAGA